AUGGCCCAGGUGCAAUUGAUUGGAAGAAAAAGGGUUUGGUUGGUGAGUAGUAAAGAUGUAAGAUUUGUUUUCAAAUUAAUGUACGAGCUUAAAGCUUCUCUAAUAACAGACAUUCCAAGCAAAAGACCAACGUCAGUCUCAAUCACGGUUGUAGUUAAAGUAUUAAUGAGAAAAAAGCACAGUAAUAAAGAUCUGUUGGCACCUCAGCAAUUAUGCGAUUAUACUGAUUACAGUAUAUGUGAUCAUGUGGUUUUAGGGCUCGCUGGUCUGAUUAUGCUUGAGUAUUUUAAUGAAUGA